AUGAGAAUCGGGUAUGAACACAAACUGGAUGGUUGGAUCUAUGGUGAUUUGACGGGACCAUCUAUUAUUUUCUUUGGCAGCCCACUGACAUAUGUAAAAGCCCUUAUACCAUGGAAGAUAACAGAAGAGAGGAUGGGGAUGGAUGGUGGCAGCGUCAGCAUGGAGACAUCUCUCAAACACGUGCCCCAACCUAUUCUCCUCUUAGCUACUCGUCUUGCCAUGAACCAACUCACUCAAACAAUAACUUCACAUAAGUGGUUGUUCCUUGAGAAGAUUAAAAACAUACUGUUUUUGACCAGAGAUGAUGCAGAAAAACGAACGGUUGUGGCAAACAUACAAGCAAAUUCUCGAAUUCGUGAAACAUUUGGUGAUCUCCAAAUCAUUGAUCUUAAUCAGAUUGAUGAUGAGACCAAAAGAGAAGAAACAAGGCUGCGGCAAACUCCUAGUGUAGAGUCACCGACAGAGAAUUAUAGAAGAAGAGGACAGUUAGUGCUCGUGGUGGAUGGGGAUGUUGAUAAAAAACUAGACCCCCAGAAGGUGAAUUUACCAAAUAAAAUAGGUUCUAGAGAUGUCGUGGUGUUUAUAACAACAUUAUCAUCAGGACAGCAAAACGAUGAAUUCAGCGUGAAAAUGGAUUUGACGAUCAAGACAGAGGACCAUUUGUUGCCUUGGGAGGUCUUCUGCAAGAAUGUUGGUAGUGAGCUUCUAAAUUCAUCUACUGACAUCCAAAGCAUUGCAGUGAAAAUGGUGGAGAAAUGUGGUGGCCAUCUUCUUGCCAUCAUUCUCAUGGCAAAGUCACUGAAAGAUGUGAAAGAUGUUCAAACCUGGGAACUUGCAUUGGAUAAGCUGGGUUAUGGUGAUCGCGAACCAAUAGUGAAUGCAUUCUUCAACAUCAUCUGGCCAAAUGUAAUUUCUGAAACAAAAAAGAAGCUGCCACCACGGAUUGCUAGGCUUGAGAAUAUUAAAACAUUGAGGUUGGCAGGGUGUAAGCGAUUGAAGACGCUGCCACAAGAACUCUGGAAACUCCAGAAUUUUGAUCAAAUGCCUACGCCUAGCAUCCUUUCUGCUCAAAUGCCUUUGCUUAACAUUCUCGACUUGUCACGCACCAGCAUACGUGAACUCCCAAACUCAAUUUGCAAUCUAAAGAAGCUUAGAGAAUUUUAUCUAAAAGAUUGUGAGCUUUUUGUGGAACUGUCACCACACAUUGGCGGACUUGAUAAUCUCAUGAUACUUGAUCUUGAUGGCACUUUGAUCACACAUUUGCCAGAGGAGGUAAAAUAUUUGAGCAAGUUGGAAAGCUUAUCUCUCUCUUUUUAUAAUGAUGAUGCCAGCUGUGCAUUGAUUCCUCUUGGUUUUCUAUCCCAACUCAAUCAGCUGAGAGUUUUAAGGAUUGCUGUUAACCCAGAUAAUGAAUGGUGGCUCGGAAACAUUGAACGCAUUCUUGCAGAUAUCAAUCGAUUAGAGAUGUUGCAAUCAUUGGAUAUAUAUAUCCCCAAAGUUGAAUUCUUGAAUCUGAAAGAAAGGUGUCCGUCUAAUUUUAGAUUCAUUAUCGGCUAUCACAAGCCAAGAAUGAUAUUACGUGUACCGCCUAUUAUUGAGAAGGUGUUUAAAGAAAGUAAUCCUAGCUUAAAGUUUGUAAAUGGUCAGGUUUUUCCGGAUAAAGUGAAGUCCAUUCUCUCCAAAGCCUGGGCUUUUUUCUUGGACCGCCACGUGACCAUCAACAGUCUUACUCAAUUUGGGUUGGAGAAUCUAAUGCAGCUACAAUUAUGCAUUUUGGCAGAAUGUAAUGAAAUGCAGAGCAUUAUAGAUGUGGAUGGAUAUGGAGCAGACUCAGACCUAAAUGAAUCCUUUUGCAUGCAGUUCUUGACCAUAUUCUACAUGAAAAAUCUGAGAAGUAUCAUUAAAAAUCCAAAUCAUGGUGGCAAUUCCAUUUUCUGUCAACUAAAGUUUUUAGCAUUGCACACUUGUCCUGAGUUAGCCACCAUAUUUACCAUGGAUUCCCUACAGAGUCUUGGCAACUUAGAAGAGCUUAUAGUUAAAGACUGUCCCAAAGUAAAUAGCAUCAUAAGUUCAACCUCCUCCACUUAG